UUGCAGAGCUCCACCCUGGUCAACGAUUGGAUGAAUAUGAUCGUGGAGCAGCCGCAUCUGCUCUAUGAAUACCCCCGCCCCAUGUGCCUCAGGGAGGGGCCGGUGAGCCACACCGCUUUGGGCCAGCGCAGGCCUGAAGUGCGUGUGGCCACCUGGGGGUCUGGGGAACCAGGGCCCAUGGGUGCAGGGAGAUGGACUCCUCCACCUGAGCCACACAGGCCCCACCAGCCUCCGACCCGGAAGCCGUUCAGUCCCAACACGCGGAGGUUACAUUUCAACUCGGGGCUCCCCAUAUUUGGCCCGCGGCAAGACCUGGAGCCCAAGGAAGCAGAGCCCAAGGCACCCGCCCAGGGGGCACACCUGGCUCCUCCUGUAACACCCAAAGUCCACCCUGAGGAGCUGGAGGCUCCAGAGCCCGUGCCACCUCCAGCAGCCUCUCCAGCUGCAGCUGUGGAGCCAGGGCCGGCCCCAGACACAACUGAGGCCCCACCAGCGCUGGAAGAAGAACCCUCCCCGGGACCCUUGCCAGUUCCUGCCUCAGAGGAGGAGCUGCCUGUGGAGGCGCCAACUCAAAGGCUGCUUGUUGAGUGCCCUCACCCUGUCAUUUCCGUUUUCUUUAUCAUUCUUAUUUUGUUUUUAUGUUCUCCAUGGUUUACUCUCUUUUUUGGCCUUUUUACUACUUUGGAGGUUUGGGUGAGUUUGGCUUUUAUUAUUUUACUUUUUUCUGUUUUUGUUCUUCAUUUACCCAUUGUAUAA